AAAACCAGAAGGCAAAAAAGAGAUGGCAAAUAUAUACCACCAGAUAGCGAGGAUGAAAGCGAUUCACCAUCUGAAACUUCAAAUCGUCCACUAAAAGGGAGAUCACGUGUUCCUAUCCUGCAAAGCUCAAAGAACCAUUCCAAUAUUAAUAUAUCAAAACGGAAAAAACGUACUUUCCGAAAUCCAACAAAUAAAAAGAAACAUCGACAUCACAACACUAUUGUUGUUGGUGCUCCAGGAAGCAAUGAAUCAAAAAAGAAGAUUGUUCCCAAAAUUGUCGUUAGAAACCCUACUCGUAAAGUUGUUAGAGUAUUAUCAAAACCAAAUAAAAUUAGCGAAGGACAUUUGGCACCACCAGCUCCAAUGCGUAGAAUUUCGAAAAAGCAAAAAUAUCAAAUUGGAAUAGACAAAAGUACAAUUAUUGAAGCACAAGAUGCACUUUUGGCAUCAUUUCCAUUACCAUCUUCUUCAAUUCCUUAUAAAUUUAGCAAAAAUAUUAGCAUUAUCGGUGCUAUUAAUAUUCGAGCAUUUGGUGCUAAAAAAUUUUCUAAUCUUGCUAUAAUGAGAGUUAUAAUAGACAUCCUUCGACGAUACGAUAUUGUUCUUUGCCAAGAAAUUCUUGUACCAAUUGGUAAAGAAGAAAUGAUUCAACAACUUGUAGACUUAAUAUCAACUCCUUCCAUUCCAUAUUCUUUUACGUUGAGUCGUCCUAUUGGUAGGAAUUCGUAUCAAGAAAGGUAUCUUUAUUUGUAUAGAAAGAAAGAAUGGAAAGUAUUAGAGGACUAUGUAAUAGAUGAUGAAAAAAUGAGUAAUAAAUUUAUCAGAGAACCUUAUGUUGUCAGAUUUCAACAUUUAAGAAAGCCUAACGUGAAAGUCACCCUUGUUGGUUGCCAUACACAACCACAAAAUGCAUAUUAUGAAAUAAAAGCGUUAGUGGCUGAUAUAUAUAUUAAAGUGAAAGAAAAUUUAGAAAGAAAUCAUCUAAGGGGUUUCAAUAGAUUCUACACUCUUUUAUGGAGUUAUUUAUGUUGUUGCCUAAAUGACGUAUCUUCUAAAGAUGGUGAAAAUGAUGAACCUAUAAUUUUAAUGGGGGAUUUUAAUGCAUCAGGUUCUUAUAUCAACAAACGAGAGCUUUCAAAACUUGAUGGAAUAUUGCGUAAAAACAAUCUGAUUUGGGGAAUUCAACAUUCAAGCGAUACCACUUUGGGUGCGAGAGAUGCCGCUUAUGAUCGAUUUAUAUUUGAGAAGGCAUGUGUACGAGAAUGGAUUGGACAUUCUCGUGUAUGGAGAUUUGAUGAGGCUUGGAUAAAUGAAAAAGUGGAUCCAAUUUUGGUCAAAA